AUGGUGUUGUGUGAAGGAGUAAAUUAUUUGGUAAGUCAGAAUGCCAUCGGCAUAUCCCAUACAAUUAAGCACGCGAUUGAAGGCAUAGGGUCUGGUCAUGCCAUCCCACUGCCUAACGUCCGGGCUGAAGUGCUCGAAAAGGUCAUCGAGUACUGUGACAGAUGUUUUCAGCAGCAGAGCUGGCCUGCUGAAUAUGCAAAGUCCAAUGAAGCAUUGCUCUUCGAGAUUCUCUUGGCAGCUGAUUAUUUGAACAUUGCAAGUCUGCAGAACUUGAUGUGCCAGGCGAUUAGCGGUCUUGUUAUGGGUAAGAGUGGAGUAGAGCUCCGCAGUGCCUUGAACAUUCAAGGAAACUUUGACGCUGAUGAAGAGGCUCAUCUUCGAAACACUUUGACUGGGUUGGGCUGUGUUUUGGAGCGCCAAGAUUAG